GGGGAGGGGGCCCGGCGGACGGUCCCGCUGCGGCCGCGGCUCCCGAGCCUGCCCGUCGGGACUCCGGUGACGAGGGGCGGAGGAGGCAGCGGCCGAAGCCGGAGCGGGGGGCGCUCGCCGCUGCCCCGGGGCCGGGACAUGUCGUCGGCGGCGGUGGCGGCUGCUUCCCGCAGGCAGUCGUGCUACCUGUGCGAUCUGCCCCGCAUGCCCUGGGCCAUGAUCUGGGACUUCACCGAGCCCGUCUGCCGGGGCUGCGUCAACUACGAGGGCGCCGACCGCGUGGAGUUCGUCAUCGACACGGCGCGGCAGCUAAAGCGGGCGCACGGCUGCUUCCCCGAGGGCCGGGCCCCGCCACCGCCCCACGCCAAGCAGCCUCCGCUCUCCGCCAAGGAGCUCCUGGCGCAGCAGCAGCAGCUCGGCCACCCCUCGGCGGCGGAGGCGGCGGCGCGGCCCCCGCCGCAGCCCCUGGAGCGCUACUCGCUGGCGGCCGAGCGGCCGCCGCCCCGCCUGGGCGCCGAGUACGGCGGCGGCCGGCAGGUCAACGGGAUCCUGGUGCCCAACGGCUUCCCCAAGCCCGAGGAGCCGCCCGAGCUCAACCGGCAGAGCCCGAACCCGCGGCGGACGCACGCCGUGCCGCCCACCCUGGUGCCGCUGGUGAACGGCGCCGGGCUCCCCGCCGCCAUCGGCGGUCUGGGCAGCCGCGCCGCCGCCGCGGCCGCCGCCUCGCUGGCCGCCAUCUCCGCCGCGCCCGCCCCCAUGGCCGUGCCCGUGCCCCAGCAGCCGGCGGCGGCGGCGCAGGCGGCGGCGCAGGCGGCCGGGCAGCCCGGCGAGCUGGGGCACAAGCGCCCCGGCUCCGUCUCCUCCUCCUCCUCGGGUGGCGGCGGCGGCGCGGCGGGGGAGCACGACAGCGGCGCCAAGGAGAAGCGCGGCUCCGCCGAGAGCCUGCCGGCGGCGGCGGCGGCGGAGCUGGCCGCGGAGGGCAAGGGUCGGCCGGGCUCCGAGCAGGAGUGGCUGGCCAAGCCCAAGACAGUGCGGGACACGCUGCUGGCCCUGCACCAGCACGGGAGCCACACCGUGGCCCCCUUCGACAGCAAAUUCAAGAAGGAGCCGGGCAUGGCGGGCGGCAGGCUGCUGGGCUACGAGACCAACGGCUCCGUGGCCAAGCCAGGGGCCCGGGCCGCCCGGAAGAGGAAGCCUUCCCCCGAGCCCGAGGGCGAGGCUGGACCCCCGAAGAUCAACGGGGAGGUGCAGCCCUGGCUGCCCGCCCCGUCGGAAGGGAUGAAGCUGCCGCUGACGGGCACCCCCUUCAUGUCGCCCCCGCCGCCCACCGCCUCGCCCCACUCCAACCGGACCACGCCGCCCGAGGCGGCACAGAACGGCCAGUCCCCCAUGGCCGCCCUCAUUCUGGUGGCGGACAAUGCCGGGGGCAACCACGCCUCCAAAGACGCCAACCAGGUCCACUCCACCACGCGGAGGAACAGCAGCAGCCCCCCCUCGCCCUCCGCCAUGAACCAAAGAAGGCUGGGCUCCGGCAGGGAGGUGCCGGGCCAGGGGGCCAACGCGGCGGCGGCGGGCGGCCUGGAGCCCGUGCACCCCGCCAGCCUGCCGGACUCGUCCCUCGCCGCCAGCGUCCCGUUGUGUUGUACCCUGUGCCACGAGCGCCUGGAAGACACCCACUUCGUGCAGUGCCCCUCCGUCCCCUCGCACAAGUUCUGCUUCCCCUGCUCCCGGCAGAGCAUCAAGCAGCAGGGAGCCAGCGGGGAGGUGUAUUGCCCCAGCGGGGAGAAGUGUCCCCUGGUCGGCUCCAACGUCCCCUGGGCCUUCAUGCAAGGGGAGAUCGCCACCAUCCUGGCCGGAGAUGUGAAAGUGAAAAAGGAGAGGGACUCGUGACUCGCCUGUGCUCGCUGCCCGACGUCACCUUGAACUCGAACUGCUCGAAUUCUGUAUAUAUCUAUAAAUAUAUAUAUAUAAAUAUAUAUAUAUAUCUCCAAGACAAGGGAAAUGUAGACUUCAU